AAACAUGUCAGAGCUAUCAGUCUCACUGUAUAGUCGAGAGGAUUCAUACAUACCAUCACAACAACAUGUACGUUAAACUGUUUUUCGUCUGUGCCCUGGCUGCAGUAGCGCUUGCCCGCGAAUACCCUGCCGGCCUUUUCCCCGCAGUUUGCCCCAACUACCCCUUCUGUGAGCCCGGCAUUGUGGCCAAAUAUACCCCAGAAGGCAUGCCCAUACCAGAAUGGGUGUACAACCCGUCCAUCUUACCAGUUGCACCUGCUGACCCCAAUGUCGCCCCUGCUCGUGAAUACCCAGCAGACGUGGACCCAGCUUCCUGUCCCAACUACCCUUUCUGCUCAUGAAGAACCAACAACAACGGACCACUGAUUACCAGACCAUACUUAACGACGAAGAAGACAUUACAUAUAGUCCUGACAUUGACAGCUCAAAUUGUGCCAUAGUAGUUUAAACCAACGUUAUUUCCUGUAAAUGUUAAUGCUAUGCACUCAGUCUUUGUAAAUAAAAAUUCAAAGAUAUAAAAUAUAUGUUAACUAUUUUA